AUGGCAAGAACAACUAUUAGAUCGAAAUUGCCAAAAGACAAUUUUGAAAGACCUUACCUUUGUGAAGUUUGUAAUAGAGGUUUCUAUAGACUAGAACACAAGAAAAGACAUUUAAAAAUACACACUGGUGAAAAGCCAUAUAAAUGUUUAUAUUUGAAUUGUAGUAAAAAAUUUAGUAGAAGUGAUGAACUUAAUAGACAUUCAAAAGUUCAUCACUCUAGGGCAAAUGGCUCGAUUAAGAGGAAAAAAUCAAUUUCUCCUUCGAAUCCAUUAUUAUCAUCGCAACAAUCAAUGUUUUCUGCUAACCAAUAUAUUACAUCAAUUCCACUAACUCCUGUUGCAUCAUAUCAAGAUCUAAGAUCACCACAAUUACUAACAUUCCAAUUACAAUCCCAAUCACAACUAACCCCAAACCAUCUUCCCUCUUUGGCACAAUCGAAUUCGAAUUCAAAUAAUCAAAUUGCGUCAAUGUCAAGUCAAACUUCACUAUCCAUUGCUACAGCUUUAACAAGUUUAAAAAAACAUAAUAAAUCACAACCAAUUUUCACUAUAUCUGAUGAUGAACAAGAUUCCCAUUCUAAUUUAGGCAUGAAUAAAAAUAAUAGCUUUUUGCCUUCAUUUAAUUCAAUGCUUCAACAAAUCGAAAUCUAUAACAGUUCACGUUGA